AUGAUUCGAACACGGAAACUCUUCCUGUUUGCCGUUUUCUUGGCUUUGACAGAUUCACAGAAUUUGACACCGACAGAUACGCCACCAACGGAGCAAUCACUGGAGGAGAACAAGUUUUUCCCUCUGCCGCCCACAACUCCGUUACCCACCAAUGCAGUGGCUGCAGUAGACGACGAUCAUGAUGAUCAGUGCACUUCUGAUAAAACAAUCAUUGAGAAGUUGUUGAGCAACUAUAAAUCCUUCAAGACACCGUCAGAGACUGGAGUGAUAGUAUGGAUAGAAGUAUGGGUACAAGAAGUGAACUCAGUGAACGAGAUCACAAGUGACUUCGAUAUGGACAUUUACGUCACUGAGCUUUGGAUAGACACGGCUCUCCGUUAUGAACACUUGAAUCCGUGCAAGUACAACCUAUCUCUCAAUUCUGAAAUUCUCGACCAAAUCUGGAAACCAAAUACAGUUUUUAUCAACAGCAAAUCAGCUAAUAUCCACAAAUCGCCAUUCAAAAACGUGUUUCUCAUGAUCUACCCAAAUGGAACUGUAUGGGUCAACUAUAGAGUUCAAGUCAAAGGUCCUUGUACCAUGGACUUCAGUGCUUUCCCAAUGGAUCAACAGUCUUGCCAUCUAACAUUAGAGUCGUUCAGUUAUAAUAAUCAAGAAGUUGAUAUGCAAUGGAUGAACUGGACCACACCAUUGUCACUUUUAAAGAAGGAAAUCGUUUUACCGGAUUUUGUAAUGUCUAACUAUUCAACUAGUCUGAAACAUGAGAUUUAUCCAGCCGGUGUAUGGAAUGAGCUCACAAUGACAUUUGUUUUCAGUAGACGUUACGGGUGGUAUAUUUUCCAAGCCUAUAUUCCUACAUAUCUCACAAUAUUCAUAAGCUGGAUCAGUUUCUGUCUGGGAUCAAAAAUGAUACCAGCAAGGACAAUGUUGGGGGUUAACUCUCUUCUGGCUCUCACAUUCCAAUUCGGAAAUAUUAUGAGGAACUUACCAAGAGUCAGCUAUGUGAAAGCUUUAGACGUUUGGAUGCUGGUAUGCCUCACUUUUGUUUUCUGCUCUCUUUUGGAGCUGGCGAUCAUUGGCUCGAUGGGUGCUCGCUCUGAAAAUCAAGCUCAGAAGCAAAAACAACUAGAAGAAGAGACGACAAAACAACAAAAAGGUCGUGAGAAUAGUACGUGUUCUCAUAUGAUGUCUCCAUCGUCGUGUCCGAGUAGUCCAAGGAUAUGCAGGAAUCAUGUGCCAAACGAUGUGCCACAAUCUUUCAAAAGCUAUGGGUCAACAGACCCAAGAAUGAGAAAGCGACUGAUGCUCACUUCGAAUACCGCAAUUUCCCACGCUCCUCACGAGAACCGAGCCGAGAAAGUGCUCCUGCUAGACGGAUUGGAAGAGACGCAGUUCUCACAGGUGGACACCAAGUACAGUUCGAUGGUCACAAUCAAGAUGAAGAAGCAAUGGACCACCGAGGAGAUCGACCAAAUGUCGAUGAUCAUGUUCCCCGGACUGUUCACUGUGUUCAACAUCAUUUACUGGACGUAUUACCUCACUGUCAACAAUUGA